AUGAGCAGCGUCGAACCCGAAAGAUUGCCGCCACUGCCAUAUGGCAUCCCUUACUCACCGACGCUGCCACGCAGAAUCCAGGACCCGCAAUAUGCUCACGGCGGCCAGAUCGACGCAGACUGGGCGAAACACGGAAAGUACUUUGGCGCGAGAGACGCACCUUCAGGCGCCGGAGGCUUCCAAAUCCGCCCUCUCAACAGACCAAAGAAAGACCAAAGCUUGAAGGCGUUAUUGAAAAGGAAACGAAACGACGACAACGACGACGAAUGGGAUGUACAGUACAGACUCGGUCGUCCGAGCGAGAGCGUCCCGUGGAUCGAUCUAGUCGCGAAAUGGGGUCUGCAGGUUUUGGACAAGGCCGGAUUUUUGAAUCUCGAUUUAGGAUCCCCUGAGUCCUUGUUGGCGCCCCAGAGUCGGUAUUUGCCAAAGAGACCGCAGGAAUGGAGGGGAGAUGCUGUGCAUCCUGUGUUUAGACAGGAUAUGUGGAGGGAGGUCGAUGAUGUCGAGUACCUCAAUCUCAAACCUGCCAUCUUGCUGGCGAGUGCGUUGCUCGAUGACCCUACUACCAUGUGUGUCUUUUACGCUUUGGCAACGCCUUCGUGCUGGGAAGACUUUAUCGAUCCGAAUGUGGGACUGUGCAGGAGGCUCAAGGUUCCUGAUUCUUUGACUGAAAAACAGCAAGCGCAUACCAGACACAGCAGAAUCGGCCUGUCACGCCAUUACUCCACUGCCAUACAAAACUGGCGUGACAAAGAUAUUCGAUCAGACUACGCCGACUUCUUCAGCGACAUCCUCGACACGGCUCGCACACUCCCAAGUCACAUACCUCCCAACUUUGAGACAAACCUCGACUCGGCUCUUCUACGCACUAUAGUUCUCUUUGCCGCAAUCCUCGUGCACGAAUUCGCUCACGCCUUUCGCAUGGCGUACUUUUCAAACCCGCUCGGUGUAUAUCAGGAUGAACCCUGGAUAGGAGAUUCUCGCUUCAACGAGCUAGGGCACGCGCUGAUGCUGCACAUACUCUCCGGCAUCCCCGUCGCAAACUUUUUCAAACCACCUCUAGGCGCACCAACACGAACCAAAGCCCAAUCAGACGCCUACGCACCGUUUGGAGUCUUUGUCAUGGAAAAAUGGCACCCGUGGAUGCCAGCAGGGAAUGGAUUUUUGCAGAAAGGGAUCAAGAAGGAUUUCACCUCACCGACCACGCAUUUCCCCGUGCCGCAGAGGCAGCUGUAUGAUUAUUUUACGGAAGAUAUGUGGACGGUCAAGGUGCCGAGGUUUGGACUUGAUGCGUUGAGGUUUGUAAAGAUACCAGAGUGGGCGUCGCAUAGGGUGCCUGGGCCUAAUCCUGUAGAGCCUGCGGAAAAGAGUGCGGUACGCUGA